AUGGACCGUCGCAAGGGUCGACUCAGCCUCUUGCCAGGGUCGAUUCCGUCUGUGGCGCAAAGACGAGCUGCGUUUGAGAAGAACAUCGACGCUGCGAAGGGUUCUGCAGGCGAGAAGCAGGAGAAGAGUCCCGAGAAGACACGGCGCAUCGAGUCUGGUCGCGAGGGCAGCCGAUUGACUCGAUCUAUAGAGCAUCAGCAGGACGAGCUACGGGGAGAACUACGGAGGGCACUCGAGAACGAGCAGAUAGAGGAGCCUACAAAGCCAGCGGGAAGCUCGUCAAGGUCGCUGCAGACGAUACUCAGCCGUCUAAACAGUACAGCCAGGCCAAGCAGCCCGUUCGACUUUGGCGGCGGUGAUAGAUCGCAUUCCCCUCCUCCCCAGCACUCUCGAUGGAAAGCUGCUGCUGCUGCUGUUCUUAGGUCACCGUCUGCACUACGAACAGUGACUGCGGCUUCACCUGCGACUCCGACCCUCACGCCUCCGCUGACGAACUGCAGCACCGACUCGGUUUCCUCUGCUGGCCUGACCAAGGCAGCAGCCGGCAAUGAUCCUUCUCCCGAACGGCCAUACAAACCAGACUCAGAAUUGACAAUCACCGCCCCUGCUAGUGGUUCUUCAUCGAGAAUAGCCCAACUGAUCGCAAACAUGGCAGACGAGAACGGCUCGGACGGUACCCUGGUGGUACCCCGGCUGGAGGACCUGUUGCGCCACCCCGAAGACCUGGAGAAGAUCACAGUCCUCAAGGCCGAAUAUACCAGAAAAAAGGAGGACGUCGACUCGCAGCUUCGGGAAGGCCUACGGGACCAGCUUGAGCUGGUGCAGCGGAGUCUGGCUGACCUGGCGGAAGGCCGGCGUCAGAUCAUGGAUGCAAAGAUGGGGCCCCAGGGGAUAGACAAGCUCUGGGCGGAGUCACAGUCUGCGCUGGGCGAUUUCGCACAGAUAGACAAGCUGGCGAAGAUACAGAGGAAUUUUGAAGCAGUUCUCUUCAUGAAGAAGGGCAUGGAGACCUUCCAUAAUGAUGUGGCUGAGGUCGAGCGGCUGUUGAGAGAGGACGACGGGGACAUGGAGAAUCAGCCUAACUUGCUCAACAUACACAUGGCCAUCUCCCGUCUCCGUGACUUUCGGGAUGAAGCCAUGGACCAGAUUCGCAGAGCCAAGGAUAAGAGCAGCGAGGCGACUCUGACUGAACUGUUCGAAGGGCUGGAUCCGGCUAUUGAGUGGUUCGACGACCAUCUGGGGACGGCCUGCAUGAAUAUCAUCCCUCUCAUUCAGUCUGAUAAUCGUAGUAUGGUGGUCAGGCUGGCCGUCGUCAUUGCUAACGAAGAGAAGAACGAUGCCAAAGUCAGGGCUCUACAAGACGCCCAGAAGGACCAUGAAUACCUCGCCAGCAGGUUCAAGUCUAUGAAUAUCGGGCCCAAGACGAUAAGGGGCUACAAGGAGAACUUCCUAAAGAGUAUCGAGCUGUAUGCGCAGCCGAACUUUGAAAACUCGAAGCAAGAGUUCUUGGAUGACCCUGACAGACUGGAAAAGAGCUUCAAGUGGUUCUUCAACGACCUGUUCACCGUCAAGCAAGGAAUGCAAACGCUGGUGCCUAAGAAGUGGAAGAUAUUCAAGACAUAUACAGACAUAUACCACAGGAUGAUGCACGACUGGCUUAUCGAGUUCGUCGAUGACCCGCAGAUGCCGGCUGCGAAUAUGCUUGCCAUCAUCAACUGGUCAGAGAAAUACUACAAGAAAAUGAAGAAGCUAGGCUGGGAGGCAUCCGAACUUGUCCCCAACGUCCUUGAUGACCGUGAGGGAGAACUCGUACAGGACUGGAGAAACCUCAUCGUCAAGGCGCUGGACGAAUGGAUGGACCGCAUGUUCAAUACCGACAAACGGGCAUUCCUGGACCGCGAUAUGGAUUCUCUAGAUACUAACCCCGAGGGAUACUUCCGCACCAAGACUCUGGGAGAUAUGUGGCGGAUGAUUCACGAACAGCUUCAGGCGGCUGGCGCUUCUCAGAGAACAGACGUGGCCGAGGGUGUGGUGGACGCCAUGUUCCGCUCCCUGAGAACGCGGCAGUCGAUGUGGCAGGCGAUGCUGGACGAAGAGUGUGCAAAGUACAAGUCACCCACCACCGAUCAGCCCGAGAGCCUACAACAGUUCCAGGACUGGCUUAUCGCCGUUGCCAACGACCAGAUCGCAUGUAUUGACGACAACGAUGCAUCAGGCCAACUCGGCCACUUGACUCGCUUCAACCGUGACUUCGAACCGCUCGUCACAGACAAGUACCUCACCGCACAGGCAUCCAACGAACUAGCGAUCCUACGAGACGGCUACGUCGACCUGGGAACCCACUGCAUCUCCGUCUUCAUCGACCUCAUCUUCUCCGUCGACUUCCGCACCACUUUACCUGAAUUCUUCACCCAGAAAUGGUACGGCGAAUUCGCCAUGAAGCGCAUGAUCUCCACUUUCGAAGACUACAUCAGCGACUACCAUUCCGUCCUCCACCCAAGUCUACGAGAUAUCCUCGUUGAAGAAAUCUCAGACGAGCUCCUGGUCCACUACCUAUCCUCCAUCCGUAACCGAGGAGCUAAAUUCCGUCGUCAGGACCCGUAUACCGAGAAGUUCAAGGACGAUGUGCUUACCGUUUUUGGCUUCUUCCAGAAAUUCCCCGAGUCCUUUGGUGGGGGUAUCAAGGAUCGCUGGAGGCUCGUUGACUGGCUUGUACGCUUGCUCGAGGCAGACAAGGCCGGUGUCGUGGUGGUGUACGAAGGCUUCAAAACCGAGUACUGGGAUUUACAACUCUCUUGGGUCGAGGCUGUGCUACGAUGCAGAGAUGACUUUGAGAGGUCGAUGGUCAGCGCUAUCAAGGCUAAGGCUGCCGAGCUCUCCGUUGAGAUGGGCCCGGAUACGCUUAUGGGUAGAGUGAGGUAG